CAGUACGAUUUCUAAGUUUGGAUUGACAGUAGCGAGAAAGUCAUUCAGACUUGCGCUUUUAAUGUGCUGCUGUAAAUAGUAAAUAACGAAGUCGGUGUUAACACUGUUGUCUUAACUAAGUGAAUCAAGAUUAAAAUUUGUUGUUUGAAAAACAUUAAAAGAAACGGAAAGCACACGAAAAUAAACAAAAAAUUAUUAAUUUUGUCGUAAAAUACUGUGUGAACUUAAAGGCUGUGACCAAUUAUUGUGACUCAUAGUUGUUAUCAGGUAAAAAACGAUUAAAAUUUAUCGUGUUUUCCGUUCGAUGAUUUAUACCCGUACCUUUGUGUGACGCUGCUGUAUACCUGAAAGUGUCGAUAUAUAUUUCGUGUUAUCAAAAAAAAAAAGCUGAAAUUUGUUGAGGCAUGGCGUAUUUGAAUGGCAAAAUAAUCUUCGGAAAAUUGAAGGGUUUUCCACCAUUGCAUGGUGAUGCGAAAAUUCAAACACAAUGUUUUAUUGACGGUGCGAGGGAAAUCGUUUCAUUGAUUGAGGAUUUUGGUGCUCUUUUUAUGCCAGUCGUUUAUGAUAUGGGCGGCAAUAUUGAGAAAAUCAACAAAAUUUUUAUAGAACGAUCGCUCCAGAGUCCUUACUUGGAAGACCUACUGCGUCACGAAUUGGAACACACGAAACAGAGUGCAAUAUUUGAUUCCCUGCUCUGGCUGAAAAGAGCCUUAGAACUGAUUGAGGUGUUUUUCCGUAAGGUCGCCUACGACGAAACAUUGCAGGAAAGACUGAAAUACUAUUUAAAGGAGGCAUACGAAGUGACAUUGAAACCAUACCAUGGCAUUAUUGUACAGACAGCAUUCUCGGUGGUCUACCGAUUUAUUUCCGAUCGAUCUGUACUGAUCGGUAAAGAUGAUGAAAAUUUGAAAGACUUGAAGACGUUCUUGGAUCCAUUUCGAGCGCAUUUGGACGGAAUAAAUGCAUUUUAUUCGAAGCAUAAUUUAGACCAUCAAUAUAAGAUCAACAGCAUUUGAAUGUGAAUGAGAUAAUAAAUUUAAUUAAAAAGU